UCGUUCCUGCUCACCUCGAUCGAGCAAUAACCCUGAUGGAGCUCGCCAUCCUACCUUCAUACACAGAAUAAUCAAGGCCAUCACGAGGUAGGAGGAGGGCGGGAGCUCCAUCGUAGCGGUACUGCAAGGGAACGAUCGAUCGAGAAGAUCGAGCUAUAUAGGAUCUAAUAAAAAAAAAGUGAAGCCAUGGAGGGGUUCCAGUGGAACAGGCCCGUCUCCCUCGUCCUUUACGUCGUCUUCUUCUUCCUGUCGUCGGCGGCCGUGUCGGAGGCCAACAUCGCUGAGUACGAUGAGCACUGGGAGCAGCGCAGGCUGCAGGCCCGCGCCGCCGCGGAGGCCACCUACCACCCUGACCCCGUCGAGGUCACCAACAGCUUCAACCGCGCCGUCCACCGAGCCAUGAAGGAGGAGAGCAGCGCGAGGCGGCAGAUGCUGGGCAAGCACCACAGGUUCAGCGGGCCGUGCAUCGCGACGAACCCGAUCGACCGCUGCUGGCGGUGCCGCAAGGACUGGGCGACAGACCGGAUGCGUCUGGCCCAGUGCGCGCAGGGGUUCGGCCGGAACACCACGGGCGGGCUCGGCGGGAAGAUCUACAUCGUCACGGACGGCAGCGACGACGACGUGCUGGAACCCCGCCCCGGCACGCUCCGGUGGGGCGUGAUCCAGACGGAGCCACUGUGGAUCAUCUUCGCCAGGUCCAUGCUGAUCGAGCUCAAGGAGGAGCUGCUGGUCGGCAGCGACAAGACCAUCGACGGCCGGGGCGCGCAGGUGCGCUUCGCCGACGGGUGCCAGAUCACCGUGCAGUACGCGCACAACGUCAUCAUCCACAACAUCCACCUCAACGACCUUAUCGUCGGCAAGGGCGGCAGGAUCCGGGACUCGCCGCAGCACGCCGGCUUCCGCACCCAGUCCGACGGCGACGGCGUCAGCGUCUUCGGCUCCACCAAGGUCUGGCUCGACCACCUCUCCCUGGCCAACUGCCAGGACGGCCUCGUCGACGUCAUCGCCGAGUCCACCGGCGUCACCAUCUCCAACUGCCACCUCACCAACCACAACGACGUCAUGCUCUUCGGCUCCAGCGACAGCAACCCCAAGGACGAGAUCAUGCAGAUCACCGUCGCCUUUAACCACUUCGGAAGAGGGCUCGUGCAGAGAAUGCCAAGAUGCCGAUGGGGAUUCUUCCACGUCGUGAACAACGACUACACCCACUGGCUCAUGUACGCCAUCGGCGGCAGCAAGAACCCGACGAUCAUCAGCCAUGGCAACCGGUACAUCGCGCCGCCGAACCUGGCGGCAAAGCAGGUCACCAAGCAGAUAGGCGCCGCGGAGGCGGAGUGGAGGAACUGGGUGUGGCACUCACAGGAGGACCUACUGAUGAAUGGUGCCGUCUUCAACAACACCGGCGGCGACAACCAGAGGAAGUUCGACCAGAACGAUCUCAUCAAUCCCAAGGACGGAUCAUACGUCACCAGGCUCACACGAUUUGCCGGCUCCAUGCCUUGCAGGCCCGGCAAGCCCUGCUAAAUUGAUCUAGGUGGCCAGCUGGAGUCGAUCCCUUCCGAGUCUCUGAUUUAUAGUUCCUUUUUGUUCAUAUAUUUUACUUAAAUUCUUCUAGCUUGUAAGUUUGUACAUGCAUUCGUCGUGUCAGAAGCCACGCGAUGCAAACAGGGUGACGGGGUGUCUAGUCCUUGUUGCUUAGGGAGGUGGAAAACCCUUAUCACGAAACAAAGCCUGCACAUAUAGAAGAGGGCUGAAACUAAUUUGUUAACCAUGACUUCAAAGUUCUAUUGUUUGUUCAU